ACAAUCCACUGCCCCCGAGGCAGCCACUAAAUUUAGCGGAAAAAUCAAAACAAAAUAUAUUUAUAUACUCAGGAGCGCUUUUCUAAGAUAAUUAAUGGGAGACGAUAAAAAUAAGUGAAAUAUAUAAGCCGAUAUAUACAAACCAUAAAACAGUGUUUUUUACACCAACAAAGCGCCAUCAAAUUUGGCACAGUGCGUUCUCUUAUAUAAGGCGUUGUUAAAGAACCCGGAAAUCGGGCGAAUCUCGGAUGGAUUCGGAAAAGGUGGUCCGCGCAAUGGCUCGUUGGUGGCAGACUGUCAGUCAGGAGGAUGGUGACCCGAACUCCCGCAAUCCGAUCAACUACGAUCUCCUUCAAGAGGGCGUGGGGGUCAAGACUUCGAAGACCCGUCAAUAUCUGGCGGCGAUGAUAAUUUGCUUGGGUGCGGUUGCUGCCGGAACUGCUUUGGCCUGGACGAGUCCUGUUUUACCACAAAUCACUGCUGCGAACUCAACAGCCACCAACUCAACAACCAAUAACUCAACAUUCACACCUAAUACUCAAAUUCAAACUCAAAUCCAAACCCAAAUCACAUUCAAUGAAUCAUUAUUUGCGAAUGCAACUAGUCCGACUCCCAGUAGUAGUGAAGUUUUACUGACCGAUACGCAAAAAACAUGGGUUGGAUCUCUGCUGGCGGUGGGUGCUCUGUUUGGAGCCCUGCCCUCUGGAUAUAUAGCUGAUACGAUCGGCAGACGCUAUACUGCCAUGGUCAUGGAUGUGCCCUUCAUUUUGGCAUGGCUUUCGAUCAGCUUUGGACAGACGGUCGGAUGGCUUUAUGUGGGAAGGUUCUUGAUUGGUAUAUCUACUGGCAGCUUCUGCGUGGUGGCCCCCAUGUACAUCUCGGAGAUUGCGGAGACCAGCAUUCGCGGCAGCCUGGGCACCCUGUUCCAGCUGCUCCUCACGAUCGGCAUCCUGUUCGUUUACGUGGUGGGAGCCAUGGUCUCCUGGACAACCCUAAGCAUGCUCUGCCUCACCAUACCAAUCCUGCUCAUGGUCGGUCUGUUCUUCCUGCCCGAAACUCCUGUCUAUCUGCUUAAAAGGGGUGAUCGCGUGGCGGCCAACCGCUCCCUCAAGUGGCUGUGGGGCAAGUACUGCGACUCGAGCAGCGCCAUCCAGGUGAUCCAGAACGACCUGGACCAGACCGGGGCGGACGCCUCCAUCAUGGACCUCUUUAGCAACCGCGCCUCCCGCAACGGACUGGUGAUCUCGGUGCUCCUGAUGGUCUUCCAGCAGUUCUCGGGCAUCAACGCGGUGAUCUUCUACACGGACUCGAUCUUCCAGUCGGCGGGCAGCUCCCUGGACCCCAGCAUCUGCUCGAUAAUCGUGGGCGUGGUGCAGGUGAUCAUGACCCUCACCUCCUCGCUGCUCAUCGAGAAGUCCGGCCGCAAGAUCCUGCUGGUCUUCAGCAGCACGGUGAUGACAGUCUGCCUGGCCAUGCUGGGAGCCUACUACACCAUCAAGGGGAACGGAGGAGCCGCCUCCAUCGGGUGGCUGCCGCUCAUCUGCGUGGUGUUCUUCAUCGUCAGCUUCUCGGUGGGCUACGGCCCCAUUCCCUGGAUGAUGAUGGGCGAGCUCUUCCUGCCGGACGUGAAGGGCACCGCCGUCUCGCUGACCGUCAUGAUCAACUGGGUGUGCGUGUUCCUGGUCACCUGGUGCUUCGGCUCCCUGCAGAAGUUCGGGGACGACGUGCCCUUCUGGUUCUUCAGCGCCUGGAUGGCGGUGGCCACCGUCUACGUGGCGCUCGUCCUGCAGGAGACCAAGGGCAAGACCGCCAGCCAAAUCCAGAGUUGGCUCAAUGGUCGCUAAGGGAAGAACAUCCCGCUUUUUUAGUUAGCCCAGCUGAAUGCCAUUGAACUCGUAGGUGGAUAAGCAGCCAAUGCCAAAAAGUAGUGUAGCAGUUUUGGAGGGAACUAGUUUGAUGCCUUUGCAAGCACAACAAUUAUUUUUAGUUUUGUACUCAAGUAAAUACUAUAUUUGAUGGAUUUCAUGGCUUCUUCCGUUUAAAUCUAAGAUAAGCCAGUAGGGAAAAUCUAUUGCAAAGGCACAAGCAACCAUUUGUACAACAUAACUUAUUGAUGUUCCACAAUGUUCAGAGUGUUUGAAUUUAGUAUAGGUCAACUAGUUCCUAAGUACUCAUGGUCACGACCCCAUAGUUAUAUAGGAUUCGAAGGGGUUUAUUUGUGCUGUCCUUUUGUAGAAACUUCCCACUGUAUGCAAACGUUACGUUAAGAUGGCAAAGACAUAUACACACACUUCCAUGUACUAAUUAUAGUUGAUGUACAUAUAUUUGAUAAUAAAAGUAAACUAUACAGGA